AUGGAAGACGCUAUUCGGCAAGCGAGGGAUGCCCUCUCUGUCAACGAUCCUAAAAGCGCGCUCAAGAUUUUAAAACCUUACAAAAAGUUGCUUCGGAAGGAGGAAACAGAGGUUGUUGGAUUGCUAGAGGCCUAUUCCGAUGCAUAUAUGGAGGAUGGACAGCUGGAUAAGGCAUAUCCUCUUUUGGAGCAAGCCUGUGCAUUGGAUCCUGAGGGCAAGAUCGGUGGUUGUGGUAAAUUCUUUACCCUGGGCCAAGUUGUAGGCGGUCAGCAUGGCCUUAAUACGCUCAUGAUCGGAAUAGACAACAUGGUCAACAAAGCCGGAGCAGCAUUGCAGCAGGCUGAUGUUGAUAAGGUUAUCGGUGGUUUACUGACUAUGAUCGAAAUCUGGAUGACCGACUUGUGCAUGGAACCAGAUGCGGAGGAACAAUGCGAGCAACUGAUUUCCAAGGCGAUGGUGAUCUCAAAUGAAAACUCGCCAGAAGCUUGGUCAAUGCUGGGAUCGAUCAGGAUAUCCCAGACGCGGUUUGCAGAGGCUGCAGAGGCCUUUCAAAAGUCAUGGGAGCUUUUCCAGCAAAAAAAGAGUCAGUUAGAAGAGGCACUCAAAGCGGGCCUUAACCAGAAUCAGCUACGCAGCCAUGCAGAGUACGUUGAGCUCAUACAGCCCCUAUUGGCUCUGGGCAAAAUGUGCAUUGAGCUUGGUCUAUAUGAACUUGCUCUCCAAACUAUAGGCACCGUGAAGGACAUCGACGAGGACAAUAUGGAAGGGUACUACUUGGAGGGCUUCACAAAUUACAUGGUAGCAAAGCUAGAACUUUUCAAGGCGAACAACCCUGCUGCGGAAAUAACGACAGAAAACAUCUACGAGGUCAAUGAGCACUUUAAGGAUUUGGCGCUCGAUCUCAACGAGGCAGCAAUCCAGGAUUAUGUCCAAGAUGCGCGUGUGGCCCUGAGCUUUGUCCUGAAGUUGGGUGAAAAUGCAGACGCAGACGAUGAAGUUGCACGCGAGCUGGUACAAGGCACUGUCGACCUGCUGGGGGAGCUCGGAGGCCCGGUGGAAAUCUCAGAUCUAAUCAAGCUGAAGCGUGGGGAGGAAGUGCUCGAGGAAGACGAGGCCGUGCUGGAGUCCCUGGAGUAA